ACAUCUUGUACUCUUUUAUUUUGUGUACACUCCUUGUCUCUUGUUUGCUUUGAAAAGGUUUCAACAGCUCUACCGUAAAUCAUAUUUCGAAUUCAGUUUUCUGAUCGAGACGGAACUCUCAACGCAUCAACUGUAUUAUUUUGUUCUGUUAAGAUUUGUUCCGGUUCAGCUACCUUUAUUGCGAAGAACUGGAAGGAAAAAUAGCAAACAAAUAAAGGCUCCCUCAUACGUUUGAGAACAUACUGCGAUACUCCUGGCAUUUCGAACGCAUUUCAAUCUGAAGUCUGAACUGGGACACAAAAUAAUAGAAGGCAUAUUCUGAACCCGAUCAGCUCCCUCAAGUAAAGUUUGGUCCGUCAAUAAAUAUGACGUACGUUCGCAGUCAGGGCUUCAGAAGCAUUUGGGUUAAACUAAUCGUGUUUGUGGUGAUGGUUGGCAUUCCUGUGGUCUCCUUCUUCUUCGUCAAUCAGUACAGAGGUACAGGAUACAAAGGCUGGCGGUAUCUGGACACUCUUGGUGAUCCAUCUUUUGCUCUUGAUCGACAGUAUCAUGUUCCCAUUUGGUAUGCAGUGUUGGCCAUCUAUGGCAUGGCAACAUAUGUUUUAUGGUACACAAACGGGCUAGUCCACAGCAUAGGCCCUCUGAUGGUGAGCUCUGUCAAGCUGCUGGUGGCGCUCAUGUGGUUCCCAGUGUUCUUCUACUGGGAGGAUAUAGAGGCUACUUUUACCCUGUCUGCUGUGCUGUGGGUGGUGAAUGGGAUAACCAUGGUGUUUUAUGCAGGAAUGUUCCAGAUGAGUGGGAUGAUGCUGAUACCUGAACAAAUUUGGCUGUCCUACAUAACAGUCUGGACAUACUUCUUGUGGGACUAUGAUGGUGAUGAUAGCACAUGAAGAACCAUCAGUGGAAUUGAGAUAUCAGCAGCUAUCAGAUGGAAUAUCCAAAAACUGCUGAAGUGAAUGAAUGUGCUAUUUAUUAACAAUUUCUGAAUA